AUGUUCGAGGUCCUAACCACUCUCCUCCUGGCCGGUUCGGCCAUGGCCAGCCCUUCCAAGUUGAUGGCGAGCAUUUCCGCCGACGGCGAGGCCAAGGCAGAUGGCUGCGGCGGCAUGGUCUACUGGCACACGAGCGAAAUCUACUUCACGCUGCACAGCACGGCCGUCGACUUUGAGGCGCAGUGCGGGGCCGAGGCCGCGCUGAUAUCCGACUUGGACGGCCAGUCGCACCAUGGCUGCAACAUGACCAAGGCUGGGAAUUCGGACGUGGCCACCUUCAGCUUCGCGCAGGGCACGGGCGAGCUCAAGAUUCAGGUCCAGGGGCGAUGCAACGACACGAGCAACGCGUGGGAAGCCGAGGGCGGCGCCAAACUGGAACUUCCGUGCCGAGUGUGGUCCCGGACGUGGAACGUGCGGAAAGCGGACACGCCAUUCUUCACGCGAGAUAUAUUUUGCCCCAUCGGCUCGGUCGAGGUGCCCAUGCAGAUGACCGUCGGCGGACCAAGGGCCUGA